AUGCCGAGUCCGUGGCAGCGGCUACGUUGGAGUAUCGCCAGAAGUGCAAGGCGCGACGGCGGAGCGGCUGUUGAAGGAGAUGGAGGAGUCGCCGGAGUGGCAGGCCCAACUGCGGACGGCCGAGGAGGAGGAGCAGCAGCUGUGGGAGAGCCCGGGGUCCAAACCACACCGAGAUAUGCGCCCGAGCCUUGCAUUCCGCCACCAGAAGUGGCAGAAGACUGGGCGCCCUCACCAUCGCGGUGGCUGCCCGAAAUUCCACCCUCACCGCGGUACGAGGGAUCACCGCAGUGGACGCCAGCACGACCACCCACGCCGAGGCUCGAGCAGCCACCAACGCAGCAGCAGCCCGAACAACGACAGCAGCAACAACUCGAGCAGCCACCACCGCAGCAGCAAUACGAACAACUCGAGCAGCCACCGGCGCAACAGCAAUCCAAGCAUCGACAGCAGCCACAACGCGAGCUACGCCAGCAGCAACAACCCGAUCCGCCGCAACAACAGCAAGGGGACCCGAUGGGACACCACAUCCGGACGGACAUCCCGGCGGCCCACAGUACCCGGACGAGCAUUGGGCCCCACCGACACCGAGCACCGGACCGACGACGCCAAGCACCGGGCCGGCGACGCCAGCGCCAACAGGGACAGGGAGCGCGACUGGAACCGAGGAGCCCGAACCCGUGGGUGUGGCCCGAACCCGUGGAAGGUGGCCGACCUUCGUUCAAGCGGCAGCACUCUGCGCCCGAAGUGUCCGAGGUGGUGGCACGCACGAAAUUGUCGCGGACGGUGUCGGCGCCAGAGGGCACACGGUGGCGCGAGAUCGAGGAGAACGUGUGGCUCGAGGGGAUCGCGGAGGCACCGGCGGUUAGGGAGGCCCGCAUCCGCGGCGGCAGGCGCAGCGUGCGCGUAUGGAGAGAUGGGCGCGAGUUAUGA